AUGACAGAUACUGAAGAUGCAGAUGGACGUCAUGGAAUUGUCCGAGUAGACCGUGCUCCAUUAGCAGCUAAGGUGGUUGACCUGCCCUGCAUUAAAAAAACUUUUUACAAGACAGCAGAUAUCUGCCAGAUGCUAGUGUGCAGUGUGGAUGGGGAUCUUUACCCUCCUCCAGAAGAACCAGUUGCCACUACUGAUCCAAAAGCAAGUAAGAAAAAAGAUAAGAAGGACAGGGAGAGGAAAUUCAUCUGGAAUCAUGGUAUCACUCUGCCGCUUAAGAAUGUCAGAAAGAAAAGGUUCCGUAAAACAGCCAAGAAGAAGUACAUUGAAUCACCAGAUGUGGAAAAAGAAGUAAAGAGGCUUCUCAGUACAGAUGCAGAAGCUGUCAGUGCCCGAUGGGAGGUAAUUGCAGAAGAUGAAACAAAGGAAGCCGACAACCAGGUUUCCUUAGCAGGUCUAGAUAUUUUCUCUCCAGGAAUGAGUGGCCAUAAGCAGGGCCAUAGCUCCUCAGAACAUGAUGAGCUCAGGGAGAUAUUUAAUGAUAUCAGCAGCAGUAGUGAAGAAGAAGAUGAGAGAGAUCCUUAUGAUGAUGAAGAUAUAAAAAUCAUUGACACUGAAGAAGACCUAGAGAGGCAACUACAAGACAAGCUUGAUGAAUCCAGUGAGCAGCGCCAAGAAAAUGAGGAAACAAAUCAGAUGGUCGUGGGAAUUCAGAAGCAGAUUGACAUAAUGAAAGGUAAACUUCAAGAGACCCAAGUGAGAGCAAAACGACAAGAAGACCUCAUCAUCAAAGUAGAAAAUCUGGCACUCAAGACUCGUCUUCAGGCUGUUUUGGUUGAACUCAAACAGCAGGAAGAACGAGAGAAGCAACAGCUCAGUUCCUUGCAGGAACAGCUAGAAUCACUCCUGGAGAAAUAAGAGUCCCCUGCUUGCAAAUUCACUGUUGUCCUCAUAUUGGUAAUUGUCUUACAUUACAUCCUUUGGAUUGAGUCCAAUAUAG